UUCCCUAUAACGGAACGACAAUUGCAGUAUUGUCAGUACUGGGGUGAAUUUUGACAUAUCUCGAUCAUUAGAUACAUAACCUAAAAUGUCAAUAAUAUCAAUAUGUUCAAUAAAAGCGAUUGAACUGCUUGAUUCAUCCGAGUCGGAUUUCACAGACGAAGAAGAUGAAUCUAUAUUAAUAUUAUUGAAUAAAAAUCAUGAGACACCUCAGCGUUCAAUUCCGCGUUUCAAAAAUUAUAUGGACGUGGUUCAUUCUUUUACAAAUGAUGAAUUUAAAACACAUUUUCGCUUGAAACGAAGUACUUUUGCGUUUUUACUGGAAUUAUUACAGCCUGAAUUAUGCAAACGCGACAGAUACGGAAGGCAUCCGAUAUCCCCUGAAAAGCAAUUACUUUUAGCGAACUGGUUCAUAAGUACACCGAAUUCUUAUCGGUGUGUUUCUGACAGAUUUGGUGUCGGUAUAAGUACAGCAUGGCGAAGUGUUCAAAAAGUGGUGAAUGCUUUAUAUAAGAAAGUAGCAACAUUUAUUCACUGGCCAACUGUGGAAGAAGCUGAACACAGUAUAGAAACAAUUAAAAGAAAUCAUGAUUUUCCUGGUGUGAUUGGUGCAAUUGAUGGAACACACAUAAAAAUUAUUGCCCCACAAAAUAACAGUGAUUCCUAUAUAAAUAGAAAAAGGUUUUACUCUAUUCAGUUACAGGUUGUUUGUAAUGAACAGCUGCAAUUUAUACAUUGCUAUACAGGCCAAGUUGGUUCUGUACACGAUAUGCGUGUUUUCCGUUUGUCUAAUUUUGAAAAAAUGUGUACAGAUAAUAAUUUUCCGCACGACAGCCACAUAUUGGGUGAUGCAGCCUAUCGUCUCACAAAGUAUAUAAUGGUACCAUUUAAAGACAAUGGUUAUCUAUCUGAACGUCAAAUACGUUUCAACACGCGCCUCUCGUCUACACGAAUGAUGGUUGAACGUUCAAUAGGUCUAUUAAAAGGUCGUUUCCGAAGUCUUUUAGAUACGCUUCCAAUGUAUAGAUCUGAUUUAAUACCUAAAUAUAUAAUCGCUUGUUGUAUUUUGCAUAACAUAUGUUUGUUGCAAAACGAUACGAUAGACAUUCCUGUUAUUGUAAAUGAACAAAAUCGUGCACAAACAGAACCAUUUGAAGACACACAAGGAGAAGGAGUUGAUAAAAGAAAUGCAAUUAUGUACUUCUUAUCGUAAAAUGCCUUUUAUUUAUGUUUAUCAUAAAACAAAA